ACAUGGAUGGACGCUCCAUCCCUCUGCUCCUACUACUUACCUCGGUCCUUCUCUUUCUUCGCGUCUCCGCUCGCGAAUUCCUCUCGCCGGGCUCCUCUAUGUCCGUAGAGGAUAGCUCCGACGUCCUCCGCUCACCGGAUGGUACUUUCACCUGCGGCUUCAACAACAUUUCUCAAACUGCCUCCAUCUUCUCCAUUUGGUACUCCAACACGGCUGAAAGAACGGUGGUCUGGAGCGCGAAUCAUCUCCACCCCGUUUACUUCAAGCGAUCCCGAGUCACGCUAGAUGCGGAUGGCCGGAUGGCCGUAGAAGACUACGAUGGCCGCCCCGUCUGGGAGAACAAUGUGUCGUCUUCUUCGAGUGCCCAGCAAGCUCAGCUGCUCGACACUGGGAACCUCGUCGUCAAAGGCCAAGGUGAUAUCAUUCUGUGGCAAAGUUUCCAUUCUCCUACCGACACAUUGCUGCCCUAUCAGAACAUUACUAGUGCUGCAAAGUUGGUAUCUGCUAGUAGGCUACUUGUCCCUGGCCGCUACAGCUUCCAUUUUGAUGAUGAACAUAUACUCACACUGUUUGAUGAUGAGAAGGAUAUCUCUUUAAAAUAUUGGCCAAUUCCUAGUAAUGAUAUAUGGACAAAGAAAAGAAAUGCCUUUAGUACUAACGCAAUUGGAGUCCUUGAUAGCUCGGGGUAUUUUCUUGGUAGUGACAACUUAACUCUUAAGGCUGUUGAUUGGGGUCAUGGGGUUAUGAGGAGACUAACGUUGGAUUAUGAUGGCAACCUUAGAUUAUACAGUCUAAAUAAGAUAGAUGGAACAUGGUCGGUCACGUGGAUGGCAUAUCAACAGACCUGCUCUGUUCUUGGUUUGUGUGGCAUUAAUGGAAUAUGUGUGUACACUCCCCAGCCUGCUUGUGCUUGUGCCCCUGGACAUGAGAUAAUCGACCCCAGUGACCGGAGCCAAGGUUGCAGACCAAAAUUUAAUCUCAGUUGUGAUGGACAGGAGAUGUUUCUGAAGCUACCCGCCACCGACUUCCAUGGUAAUGAUCUUAGAUUGAAUACCAUAGUUUCAUUUGAUGAAUGCAAGAAGAUAUGCUUGAAGGACUGCAAUUGCAAAGGUUUUGCAUACUGGCAAGGAACCGGGCUUUGCUAUCCAAAGGGGACCCUUGUUGGGGGUGUAACCGGGCCAAGUAUUGUUGGUGGUUCUAUCCAUCUCAAGAUUCCUAAGACGCUACAGGUCCCAAGGUCCUCAGUUCCUCACUCGCAACCUUUUGGUCCUAAAUAUGUUCCUAAUUGUAGUGUAAAGAGCAAAAAUUUCACAGAAAACUUUUGGGAUCAACCUAAAAGCAGUCAAAAUGGAUCACACUCACAGUACCUGUUCUUGGCGUAUGGGUUCUUGUUAGCGAUAUUUUGUGUGGAGUUAAUAUUUGUGGCACUAGGAUGCUGGUUUUUGUUCAUAAGGGAAGGGAAAAAGUUAAUGGGGGUAUGGCCAGCUGAGGUUGGCUAUGAAAUGGUAACCAACCAUUUUCGCAGAUAUACUUACAAGGAGUUGCAGAGAGCAACUCAAAAGUUCAAGGAUCGAAUUGGAUGUGGGGCAUCUGGUCUUGUAUACAGGGGAGUCUUGAAAGACAAGAGGGCUGUAGCAGUGAAAACUUUGGCAGACAUACACCAAGGGGAAGAAGAAUUCCAGCAUGAACUGAGUGUGAUUGGAAGGAUUUACCAUAUGAAUUUGGUGAGGGUUUGGGGAUUCUGUUCUGAUGGACCACACAGAAUAUUGGUUUUGGAGUACGUUGAGAAUGGUUCUUUGGAUAAAACCUUGUUUAGUAGUGAAAGGGCAUGUGGUAUCAAGGAGUUGGCCGAUGAUCUUCAAGAUUGUUGUCUCGCUUUCACCAACAAGCGGUUUGCCACAUUGUUCAAUGCAUUGCUCAGACACAAGAAACUUGACCCCGGUGGUCAUGAAUUUCUCAGUAAGAACAUUGUCGAAAGGAAUAUGUGGGCACGUGCUUUCGAUGAAGAUGGCCGGAGGUACGGUCAAAUGACAAGCAAUAUGGCAGAAUGCUUCAAUAAGGUGCUCAAGGGUAUACGUGCAUUACCCGUGACGGCAAUAGUUCAAUACACAUUUGACAAGAUGAAUGGAUACUUUUUGAAGUAUUCAAUGGAGAUGGAUAAGCAGAUUGCUGGUGAGAACAAGGAUAAGCACAAGUACUAUUUCCCACCAAAGGUUGAAGAAUGGUUGGACUUUCAAUCACGAAAGGCAGACUCCCAAGAAGCUGUACUAUAUGACAACAACGAGUGGAAGUAUGAGCUGCAUGAGGCCAUCGUUGCUUCAUCUCCCAUGCUCGCACUUGUUAAAUGCAUCCUGUUAAACAACCGUGCAGCGCCCAGAACAAAGGCGCUGCACUGUUCUAUGCAGCGCCGAACGGACGUGCGUCACACUGUAAAGUGCAGCGCCUUGCUCUGGGGCGCUGCACUAUGA